AUGGGUAUCAAUGCUCUGCUCUGCCAUUACAGGCCACAGUGCGUUGUACUCGGCCAUGCUGAACGCUUUCUCGUAGUCGACGAAGGUGAUAGAGGAAGGGAGCUGAAAUUCCUUCGCACGUUCGAGGAAUUGACCAGAGGAGCGAACAGGCUCGCUGCCGUGCGGCCAGAGGACAGUGGUUACCAGCAGCGGGCUCCGUUUGAAGCUCUUAUACAGACUGUUGAUGAAUGGAAAAUCUCGGGGACAGUCGACGGCGACAACGAGGACAGUGAUGGCGGUGUUUCUCAUGAUUCGUCGACGCAAAGCCGGGCGGCCAAGUGA